AUGUACAAAAUUUUUCCUAAAGAAACAACCAAAAGAGCAAUGGACGAACUAAGAGAAAUGUAUAAUGACAAAAACACUGGGGAAAUAAAAACAGUUUAUGUAAAAAGUUCAGGUAAUUUAGUUAAAAAAGUAGAAUAUGAAGAAGAUGAAACAAUUAGAGAAGUGUUAGCGCGUAAUGGACUAUUGAAAGAAAAAGGUGGAUUUUUAUAUCAAAUUAGAAGUCAACUAAUAGAUCUGGAUAAAACUUUUGCUCAUUAUCAAAUUUGUUCAGAUGAAAUGAUUUUUAUUUUACCUGAACCAGCUCCCUUGCCAUACCUAAUUUAUCUCUUUCAUCAGAAAUCUGGAAAAGUGCACUGCAUCGAGCUCAACUACUCGGAUUCAGUAGAACUACUUCACAAACAAGUUGAGAAAUGCUUAAAAAUAAAAAAAGAGAACCAGAUAUUGAUAUAUGCAGGCAAGUGUUUAAACAGUAUGAAAACGUUAAAGGAGGAAAAUCUAACCCGGGAAAGCUUAGUCACCAUAUUGGAUAAAAGGGAUAUACCCGAAAUAGAGAAUGGAGAUGAUGGUAUCUGA